CGAGACUGAGCCGCAACUCAGAACGAAUCUGCGAGAAUUUUCUCUUAAUUGCAAAUUGAAAGUGAACUCAACAAUCAGCAUUAAAAGCAAUUGAAGAUCUCUUAUGUGUGUCAAGAGGCGCGGCAGCAGUUCGUUUCGCAUAGAGCAAGGCAGCAAGCAACAAGCAACAAGCAACAAGCGGGCAACAGUCGACAGGAAUCAACGGUAAACGACAGGCGCCACACAGCAGGAACAACAGGCAACAAGCCUGUCCGCCUCUUUCCAGAACAAAAGCAUUGCCACGACCUAAGCAGCGCUUUUAUAGGCGCACCGGCCCCACCAUUCCCAUGCCAGCGCGCAAGGGGCUGUUAGCGCCCCAAAACACAUUUCUGGACACCAUCGCCACGCGCUUCGAUGGCACGCACUCCAACUUUGUGCUCGGCAAUGCGCAGGCAAAUGGCAAUCCAAUUGUUUAUUGCUCGGAUGGGUUCGUGGAUUUGACAGGAUAUUCACGCGCUCAAAUUAUGCAAAAGGGCUGCUCAUGUCAUUUCCUCUAUGGACCGGAUACGAAGGACGAGCACAAACAGCAAAUUGAGAAAAGCCUCUCCGCCAAAAUGGAACUGAAGCUCGAGGUGAUUUUCUACAAGAAAGAAGGUGCUCCGUUCUGGUGCCUCUUCGACCUUGUGCCCAUUAAGAACGAGAAGCGCGAUGUGGUGCUCUUUCUGGCCUCCCACAAGGACAUCACCCACACCAAGAUGCUAGAGAUGAAUGUGAACGAGGAAUGUGAUAGCGCUGCACUGCUGGGCGCUCGGUUCCGGGCCGGGUCCAAUGCCGGAAUGCUGGGCCUGGGCGGCCUGCCCGGGCUGGGCGGGCCCGCGGACAGCGAUGGCGAUGUGGAGGCCGGCGAGGGCAACAAUUUGGAUGUGCCUGCCGGCUGCAACAUGGGACGCCGACGCAGUCGUGCGGUCUUGUACCAACUCUCGGGGCACUACAAGCCCGAGAAGGGUGGUGUCAAAACCAAAUUGAAGCUGGGCAAUAACUUUAUGCAUUCAACCGAGGCACCAUUUCCCGAAUAUAAAACACAAUCGAUAAAAAAGUCACGCUUGAUUCUGCCCCAUUACGGUGUGUUCAAGGGCUUCUGGGACUGGGUGAUACUUUUGGCCACCUUCUAUGUGGCCCUAAUGGUGCCAUACAAUGCAGCGUUCGCCAAGGCGGAUCGACAGACGAUGGUCUCCGAUGUCAUUGUGGAGGCGCUAUUCAUAGUCGAUAUUCUGUUGAACUUCCGCACGACCUUCGUCUCGCGCAAAGGUGAGGUCGUGUCCAAUUCGAAGCAGAUUGCCAUCAAUUACUUUCGAGGCUGGUUCGCCCUGGAUCUGCUCGCCGCUUUGCCCUUUGAUCAUCUGUAUGCCUCCGAUUUGUAUGACGGUGAGGAAUCGCACAUCCAUCUUGUGAAAUUGACGCGACUGUUGCGCCUGGCUAGGUUGUUGCAAAAAAUUGAUCGAUACUCACAGCAUACGGCCAUGAUACUGACAUUGCUGAUGUUCUCCUUCACGCUGGCCGCCCACUGGCUGGCGUGCAUCUGGUACGUGAUAGCGGUCAAGGAGUACGAAUGGUUCCCCGAGAGCAACAUUGUAUUUUUUACAGGGUGGCUGCAGCUGCUGGCCGAACGAAAGAACGCCACUGUGGCCAUCCUGACGGCGGCCGAAACUUACUCAACGGCCCUGUACUUCACCUUUACCAGUCUCACGUCGGUGGGCUUCGGCAACGUGUCGGCCAAUACCACGUGCGAGAAGGUCUUUACCAUUAUUAUGAUGCUUAUUGGAGCUCUGAUGCAUGCCGUGGUGUUUGGUAAUGUGACGGCCAUCAUUCAACGCAUGUACUCGCGGCGAUCCCUGUACGAGAGCAAGUGGCGCGAUCUCAAGGAUUUUGUGGCAUUGCAUAAUAUGCCCAAGGAGCUGAAGCAACGCAUUGAGGAUUACUUCCAGACAUCCUGGUCACUAAGCCACGGCAUUGAUAUAUACGAGACUCUACGUGAAUUUCCCGAAGAGCUGCGUGGCGACGUAUCCAUGCAUCUACAUCGUGAAAUAUUACAGCUACCGAUAUUCGAGGCUGCCUCUCAGGGCUGCCUCAAGCUGUUGUCGCUGCACAUAAAGACAAACUUCUGCGCACCCGGCGAAUAUCUAAUCCACAAAGGCGAUGCCCUCAACUACAUCUACUAUCUGUGCAAUGGCUCCAUGGAGGUGAUCAAGGACGAUAUGGUUGUGGCUAUAUUGGGCAAGGGCGACCUGGUGGGCUCCGACAUCAACGUGCACCUGGUGGCCACCAGCAAUGGCCAGAUGACCGCCACCACCAACAGUGCUGGCCAGGAUGUUGUCGUACGCAGCAGCAGCGACAUAAAGGCGCUCACCUACUGCGAUCUGAAGUGCAUCCACAUGGGCGGACUGGUGGAGGUGCUGCGUCUGUAUCCGGAAUACCAGCAACAGUUCGCGAAUGACAUUCAGCACGACCUGACCUACAACCUGCGUGAGGGCUACGAGAAUCAGGACUCGGAUAUCGGACCCUCCUUUCCGCUGCCCAGCAUCAGCGAGGAUGACGAGAAUCGCGAAGAGGGCGAGGAGGUCGCCGCGGACAAGGAGAAUGGUGCAGCUCCUGCCAGUGGGGCAACACCCUCGCCGCUGCACAGCGUGAGCAACGCUUCCCCGCUGCAUGCCACACGAUCGCCACUGCUGGGCAUGGCCGGCAGUCCACGGAAUCAGCGGCUGAACCAGCGUGGACGCUCCUUGAUCACGCUGCGGGAGACGAACAAGCGGAACAGGAAUCUCAAUGCGGCCUGCAGCCUGGACCGUGGCUCCUUCGAGGAGCCCGACACCGAAGGCGAGGAGUCGGGCGUGGCCAAGCGGCCAUCGCUGGAGCGGCUGGACUCGCAGGUGUCCACCCUGCACCAGGACGUUGCCCAGCUGAGCGUGGAGGUGCGCAAUGCGAUUAGUGCGUUGCAGGAGAUGGCCUUCACCUCGACGGCCAUGACAUCGCACAGUUCCCUGAAAUUCCAGCCGGCCCGCUCCAUUCCGAACAUUAGCGGCGGGCUGGCCGCACGCUCCGGACUGGGCCUGGCGGAUGCCGCUGGCUUGGACUUGAUGGGCGGACACCUGCCCAAUGGGGCAGCAGAGGCGGCGCCCAUGCACAGGAGCACCUCGCAUCCGCCCGAGGUCUGGGGCCGGGAUGUGCAGCUGCCGGGCAGCUCAAAGGCGGAGCAGGCCAAGCCAGAGACAACAGCGAGCAGCGCUGGCGAACCGCCACGGACAACGGCCAAUCGCAGCUCCCAGACGGACUUCUAUCGCAUUGACUUUCCCACCUUCGAGCGCUUCGUGUUGGCCAAUCCGCGGCUGGUGCUGGGCCUGUUGGGCAUCGAGCCGGCCAUCAAGAGCGAAAUGGAACUGCUGCAGCAGAAGCAGACACUUCAGAUAUCGCCACUGAACACCAUCGAGGAAUGCAUCUCCCCGGCAGAUCCCACGCUGGGCAGCUCCAAGGAGCGUUUGCUUGGCCCGACUGGAGGCUCGAGUGGCGGGUCUGGACGCAUCUAUCCGCCGCUGGAUGAUGAGAAUUCGAACGAUUUUCGCUGGACCAUGAAGCUGGAGCAUUCGGCCAGCCAUCACAGCUGCUGCAAGAGCACGGACAGCCUGCUGCCACCGGAGGAGCACACGGCUGCACCAGCGCCGCCUGUGGUGCCGCUUGAGGCGCCACCUCAGCCCCCGGAGCCCCGAUCCAAGCGAAUACGACGCAGCGCCAGUGGCAGCAAUUCGAGCAUCUCCAGCAGCAGUUCCAGCUCCAACAGUUGCGUCGCGUCGCAGAGCACCGGCAAUCUCACCACCAGCGCCUCGGUGCACUGCAGCAGCAGCAAUCAGAGCGUGGCCAGUGUGGCGACCACAAGACGCGCCUCCUGGAAGCUGCAGCAUUCGCGCAGCGGAGAGUAUCGACGGUUGUCGGAGGCCACCGCAGAGUACUCGCCCCCGGCCAAGACCCCAAAUCCGAUUCCGAUACCGAUUGCAAUGCCGCUGGCAGCGACAGCAGCCGGCUAUGGCAGGGACGAGGAGGAGCGUGUGGAGCUGCUGGGACCGCGACGUGCCUCAAGGCCCGUUCUGCUGGGCGUGAGCCAGGCCCAGGGCCAUGGACAGGCCGUGAAUUUUCGCUUCUCUGCCGGCGAUGCUGACAAAUUGGAGAAGGGACUGCGUGGCCUGCCAUCCACACGCUCCCUGCGCGAUUCGAGUGGCAAGUAA